AUAAUUCCAAAUGAAAGCAAAGUGAUUACCAGACCAGAAGGAAGUACUUUCACUCUAUCAUGCCUGUUUCCAAAUAAUGUUCCAGGAUUGAAGACGAUUUCUUGGAUUUCAAAUGGAACUAUUCAACAUGCAAAAAAUACGAAUAUAUUAAAUCUUACAGUAUUGUUAACAUUGGAUCUCCAUGGACAGAACCAGUCAUGCAGAGGCUUCGUUCAUUGUUUGAACAUGUCAUUUGAAAGCGUCAUUCAGUUCAACGUUACAUAUUUGCCUAAGGUAAAAGUAAAUAUUAUCCCAUCUUCAUUGUUGAAAGAAUUUGAUCACGUUAGACUUACCUGUGUGUAUGAAUCUAACCCAAUUCCAAGUGUUAUUAUAUGGACACACAAUGACGCAAUCGUACAUCGUGACUUUGAAUAUUACAUACAUAAUAUAUCAAGAAAAGAAGAUGGAGUCUACCAGUGCAAGGUCAAAAAUGCAAUUGGAUAUGGUGUUGAUGAAAUAAAGUUAAGUGUCCAGUAUGCCCCUAUAAUGCAUAUUGAACUACUUCCAAACUCUUCACUUCUUUGUAAUGCCACUGGAUUUCCGAAUAAUUACACGUUUUCAAACUGGGAACAUUUGUCGAUGGAUGGGCACAGACUAAGGAUGAUAAACAAUGCAACAAAUUUACUUAAGUUUGAUUUCAAUGAUGAUGAUGAUAAUCCAAUCUACUCAUUUGAUGGCCUGUACGUUUGUAAAGUUAGCAAUGGCAUUCCCGAUGAGCAUAACAAUACAAUGCAACGUGGAUUUAAAGAUGUUUAUUUUCCUGGAAAGCCCUAUUGUAUUCCUCAAAAUAAAAGCACAGAGAUAAGGACAAGAACAGAGCCGGUUUCUAUUACAUUUAUUGUGUAUAGCAGAACACCUGUAAAUAGUACAUGGCAGAAAGGUCGAUUUCAGCUGAAGGGUUCUUCAAAAUACGAAUGUCAGAAAAGUCAAACAAGUACACCCGUUAAAAUACAUGGGGUAUUAGUAAAUCUAACAACAUUUACUGUGAAUCUUCUUAUAUAUAAUCUAACAGACACAGACUUUGAUACUGUUUACACCGUUUAUUUGUCCAAUAAGCACGGAAAUUCAAGUUGUUCAAAAGACUUACUAGAAGGCACUGUACCAGAUAAACCGAGCAAUUUUACCGUUAAACCAUUACGUGUUAGUUUUGAAGUCACUUGGAAUGCAGGAUUCAAUGGUAGAUAUCCUCAAAGUUUUACCAUAAAUUAUCGUUCAAUAAUGGAUCAAAACUGGACAACAAUUGCAACUUCAUCUAAUGAACGUCACAAAAAGGUUCAAGGUCUCCUAGAAAAUAUGAAGUAUUUAGUUUACAUGUAUGCACUUAAUGUCAUAGGAAAGAGUGAUAAUACAGACAAUGUGACAAUUCAAACACUUGAAUCACAUGCAAUAUCUACAAGACAAUCGUAUUCAAUUAAUCUAGUGGCUUACAUUUCCACCUGCUUAUGCUGCAUAAUUAUGAUAUUGUUGGUGUCUGCUUUCUACGCACGAUUUAAAAAAAUCGUGUAUGCAGGACAAAACAAGAAAAAAACAAAGAACAGCAAACGCGACGAUUUUUGUCGACGGCACUCAGUUUAUGAAGAGGUGGUAUUAAAUCCUGCAGAUAAUGGACAACGAUUCAUCAUAAUCACUUCAUCUCCUGCAUAACAUUAAAAAAAUUUAAACUUAAUUCCUUAACCAGAUGUAUAGAUGCCAAAGACUUCUACCAGUACUUAAAUACAAAGACAUAGAUUUUUAUGUUUUUACUGCUAUUUAUACUGCGUCCGCAUUUGUGAAUCAUAAUACUGUGUGUUCCGAAAAAAGUAUAUAUUCAAAUACUACUCUUCUGAACAAACGCUUACACUCUAUGACCAACACAUAGUCAAUGAUGAAAGAGUAAUCACACUAAGAAUACAUUCUAAAUUUAUAGUAGAUAUAAAAAUAUGUGAGACAUGAACAACUCUCCAUCUAUGUCACAAUUUGUAAAAGUAAACCAUUAUAGGUCAAGUUAAGAUCUUUAACACGAAACAUUGGCUCAAACCGAACAGCAAGCUAUAAAUGGCCCCCCAAAAUACUAAUGUAAAACCAUUCAAACGGGAAAACUAACGGUAUAUACAAUAUAAAAAUGAAGAAACGAGAAACACUUAUGAACCCCAUCAACAAACGACAACUACUGAACAUAAGUUUACAAUUCAUCAUAUGUUACAAGUGAAUUUUAACUAAUAUUUUACCAAUACAAAGGUAAUAUUGAACUACAUGUCAAGGUGGAAAGUAUAAUCCUUCUGCAUAUUUUAAAUAAAUACUCAGAUUGUUGCAAUCAUCACUUCUAUUGCAAAUUUUAUCUUAUUAAUUAGAAUAUUUAUCAUUUAUCAGUUAAAAGGUUUUGGUAAUUAAACCAGGAAAGAUAAGUUGGUGAGAAAAUGUAGUCAUGUUGAUUAGUAUGGCCUGGUUGUGAUGUUAGAUUUUAGAAUUAAGAUCAUUAUAAUCUUUAUAUCUUAUAAUUACUAUUAUCAAAAUUAUUUUGUCAAUUAUUUAAUUAAUAAUUGUAAAUAACUUUGCUUUCAUGGGCUCAUAAAUUGGAAUACAAAUAUUUUUCAAAUAUCUUAUACGAAAGCAGUGAUACGAUAAAAUAUCAGUUGAAUUACAGCAGAAAUAGACUGACGUAAUUAAGAUUUCAUUACAGUCGUCUUAUUUCGCAAAAUAAUGCAUAUGCAAGGUGCAUGUCAAUGAUUAGUUUCUUAAGAACCUGCUUCCGCCAUUAUAUAUAAUUGAACAUACCAUGUACCUAAUGGUAUCCAAAAGAUCAUAGGCAUAGGUGAUUAGCGCCCACGCAACGAAAUAUUUGAUAAACAAUGAUUAUAAUUAUAAGCGACUAACUAAUAAACUGUUCUAAAGAUAACUAUGAGGUAUAGGUUAAGACAGUUAAGCUACACAGUUAUACACUUUAAUCUAAUUGGGAAUGCAAACACAACAUGCACAAUGUUUAAUCAGUUGGGAUUGAAAUAGCUAUGAUAUCAUGUGAAAAAAAAACGUAAAUUGUAACUAGAUUAUACGAAAGUUUUUUUGUAAUAUCUGCACUAAUAGCUUUUAAAAAGUAAGAUUUUAAAUAAAUAAAAAAGGAACCUUGCUAUAUCGGUUCGAAAAUUUAUAAACAUUUCAUUGAAGAAUUUAAUACAAUAUUGAAAUAUUUCUAUGUCAAUAGUGUACAGUAAUGAGUUAAUUGUGAUGUUUUGUUUUAGAGGGGUUAGUUUUUCCCAUUGACAAUAUCGUUGAAUAAUACACAUCAUCUGUUUCUAACAAACCCAUGCAAUGCAUAUGACGUUCUCUGGAUGUGUCGCUUACAUCUUCAUUAGGAUCUUAUUCACAUUUGCUCGACUAAUAUAUGUUAUACAUAGAUAUAAGAAUAUGUUGUGUAAGUGUAAAAAAGACAACUCUCCAUCCAAAUAACAAUUUUAAAAAAGUAAACCAUUAUAACAUGUACAUAUAUUGGGAUUUAGUCUUUUCAAUGAAUAUUUUCAUCGUUCAGGAAUAUAGUCCCAGGCAUUUUUUUACAAAUAUAUUCACUGAGUUACUCAGAAUAUGUUAAGAAAUAAGUUAAAACAUGAGAAAUGAGUCUAUAUUUACGAAAUUGAGAAACUUCAUAUAGAAUAGAAAUAUUCAUUUUUCAAAUUGAAGGCCUCUAAUGGGUAGCACGACAAUUAAACAUAAACAGUACAAUUAGAUCCCCCUCCUCCCAAAAAAGAAAAAUAAACAUAGAUAUAAAAAAAAAAUCAAACAUAUUCACACAUGAAAAUAAUCUACGUUUGCAUGACAAAUCCUUUUAAAUCCUUUCGUUGUUUAUUUUUUGCACAUUUAUUAAUUAUAUUCUUCAUAUUAUUAUGUGAAGAGAUUAUUGUGACAUGGUUUAUUAUCAGCUGCGUAAGGAUUCUUACUCCUACAUAUACAUGUGAACUACUUUUGUUUUAUGCAUGAUAAUUAAAGAAUUGUUUUAUAUUAUAUUCUAUUAUUUAAAUUUCAACUGAGAUCUAUAGAAUGGGAAAAUCUUCUUCAAACAAUUAAUCUUAAAAUUUGAAUUUUGACAUAUGAAUGACACAUGUGAUACUUCAUGGUUUUUGGUCAAAGAAAGUGUCCACUACUGACCUUCUAAUGUAACGAUUAUCAAAGCUGCACAUUAUUACAUAUUGUAGGUGAAAAUACUUUUUGCUAUAUUAUUGAAAGACGACAUGUUAUACAGAUGAUAAGUUAAACAUAAAAUUCUUACCGUUAACUUAGAUCAGCUUCGUUUUUGUGUGUGCUGAUUCUAUAUAUAACAUGUGUAACGCAUUUUUAGAAAACAUUUUUUUCUCCUGAGUUUUUUUAUUUGCUGUAAAAUUGCGAAUAACAAAGCAGAGUGUCCCGUUUAUCAUUUGUUUCGAUAGCUGCGCGUUUUUCUGGACUGGCGUCCCGAUUUAACAGCAGGAAUAGAUAUUUCUUUCUACUUUUACCAAUUUUAAUCAGAAUCAUAGACAUUUCCUUGUACAUUAUUUGCCUUAAAUAGACAUUUUCACAUGUUUGUUCUAUGGUCUGCAACAUCUUAUCGUAUUGGCAAUUAAUACAUUGAUCUAAGGUUCCGCCAUCGAGUUCAAUAUGUGAGAUAAAGACCGAGUUACUCAAAUGAUUACUCAACCGAAUCAAAUAUUCAACUUUGAAAUUUAUUGUAAGAUUUGUGUAAAAGGUCGAGCUUACAUAUCAGUAACUUUUUUUAUAUUAAAAAAUAUGUGCUUAUAGGAAGGUGUAGAGGAGUAUACAGAAUGAGAAAUAUGACAAAAAAAUAAUGAAUAGCAAAAAAUGGUACACAAGAUACAUUAUAGACAACAAAAGAGUACAAAAGGAUAAAGAAUAAAUGUGAAAAGUACAAAAUAACUCAACUUUUAAAAAAACUCGGGCCGUGUAUAAUAAAAACAGUAGUACUGUUCAUGUCGACAAAUCAUAUACAGACACGUCGGAUCAUAUAUUUAAAAUAUAUACUAUGAUGGUCCUACAAACAAUGACUGGUGUUCACUUUGAUUUGAUUUCUUACAUCAAUAGAUACAAUUCCAUCCUUUAAGCCUUCAACAAUGAAAAAAAGUAGCAGAUGCGAUAAAAUGUAUAACUGAUAAAAUAAGGUUUUUCGAAAAAAUACUCUAAAUAAACAG